AUGUUCAUUUUCUCAAAUAUGAGAAUGCGUGGGUUCACUAUUUGGUUAUUGGGUUGUGCACUGGUUGUCGCCCCAUUUUCUUGGGCUGCCACGGAUGGUUACCAAAAGCAUGUUCAUGAACAAUGCAGCUUUACUAGAUACCCCGGCCUUUGUGUUGACACAAACAGGGCAGGAAAUCAACAGGUUGAUAUUGUGUCUGUUCUCAUUGACAAAACUAUCUUAGAGAUCAGGCUUCCAACUUUUACCAAAUUCACCUCCAACCUUGAAACCGAAGAAGCUCAACACAUCAAUUCCAUCACAGGAUAUUGUCAAGAGCUUUUGAGCAUGUCUCUCAAGCGACUAGACCAGUCGCUAUUAGCUCUCCAGAAUUCUCAGAACAAAAACAAACAUGAUAUCCAGACAUGGCUCAGUGCUGCUUUGACGUACCAACAAGCUUGUAAAGACUCUGCCGACAGUCACAGCUUCUCCAAUAGCGACCUCAUGGGACAGAUAUCCAGAAAAAUGGAUUAUCUGUCUCAAUUGGGAAGUAACACUUUAGCCAUUUUCAACAAGAUGACAGAUAAGUUAAGUGACAGCACAGCUCGCCAGUUAGCUGAGGACCAUCUUUUCCCCAGCUGGGUAUUGGAGAAAGAUAGAAAACUACUUCAGGCCCCGACGACAAAAGCCAAUGCUGUAGUAGCCAAAGAUGGAUCAGGGAACUAUAAAGCAAUUUCGGAAGCUAUCAAUGCUGCUUCCGGGGGACGGUUUGUGAUCUAUGUGAAGUCAGGAGUUUAUAACGAAAAAAUUCGGACUAGCAAAGAUGGUAUUACAUUGAUCGGAGAAGGCAAAUACAGCACUAUCAUUGUUGGCGAUGAUAGUGUAAAUGAAGGCUCUUCCAUGCCCGGCUCUGCCACAUUUACUGUCACAGGUGAUGGAUUUAUUGCUCGGGAUAUAGGAUUUCAAAAUACAGCAGGUCCUCAAGGAGAACAGGCCUUGGCUCUUUAUGUUGCAUCCGAUCAUUCAGUUUUCUAUAGGUGCAGCGUGGCGGGCUACCAGGACACUUUAUACGCACUUUCCCAGCGUCAAUUCUACAGGGAAUGUGACAUUUACAGAACAAUUGAUUUCAUAUUUGGAAAUGCUGCUGCAGUUUUUCAAAGCUGCACUUUGGCACUUCGCCGUCCUCACGGAGGCUACAAUGUGGUCCUGGCAAACGGAAGGUCUGAUCCAGGACAAAACACUGGCUUCUUUAUUCAAAAUUGUAGGAUUGUACCAAGCUCAGAUUUUUCUCCUGUCAGACAUAGCUUUAUCUCAUAUCUAGGGAGGCCCUGGAAACAAUAUUCAAGAGCAGUUGUGAUGGAAUCAACAAUUGCCGAUGCCAUUGCUUCAAGAGGUUGGAUUGAGUGGCCUGGAGCUGGAGGUUACUCGAAAUCACUGUAUUUUGCAGAAUAUGCAAAUGUGGGACCUGGAGCUGGAACUUCCAGGAGGGUAACCUGGCCUGGAUUCCAUGUUAUUGGACGUGAUGAGGCUGUCAAAUUCACAGUUAAUAAGUUCAUUGCUGGAAUAUCAUGGCUGCCUUCAACAGGAGUAACUUUCGUCUCUGGCCUCCAGUGA